ACCAUUUCAACCCCUUUGCCCCGUUCAACGACUUUAUCGAAAUAGUGCUGCCGCACACCUCUUCCAUUUGCUGGCGGUAUAUAGGCUCAAAUUGAUUCUUCCUUGAGGACCAUCCCUGUGAAGACAAGCAUAUCGAGGCAAGAAAGCUCAGAGGAGAGAGAGAUACAGAGAUAGAUGCGAAGGCCGUCUGAGAUAGGUGGGAGGGAGGCCAUGAAGUCCAACCGGAACAUGUCGAGGGCGGAGGGGAGGAGACUGGAGAAUGUGGCACUCAUAGCCUUCAUGCUGGGAUCCCUCGUGCUGCUCUCCCUCUUCAGGCCCAGGUUCUCUCCGACUGGCAAAACAGGGGAGGCCAUCAAAGCAGCGGAGCAGCAGGCAAUGAGGAAAGAGAGCGUCAGGAUGGAGACUCUUGACAUCGCCGAUGAGGCUGCAGCUUUAGUUGCAGAGGAGGAAGAGGAGACUCAGCCCAAGCCCAGCGAUAACUCAAGCAGCACCGCCCUUGCCGCUGACCACCAUCUCAGGCUGAGCAAGCCGGUGUGCUACGAGUCGAGCCGCCGCUCGGACACUUGCGAGGCCACCGGCGACGUCCGCGUGCAGGGGCGUGUCCAGACCAUCCACGUCAGCCCGCUGGAACAGGAGUGGAAGGUGAAGCCGUACUGCCGGAAGCACGACGCGUUUGCGCUGGCCCACGUCAAGGAGUGGGCGCUCCGCCCCCUGCACGGCGACGCACCGCGUUGCACGAUCAACAGCUCGGCCACCGCGUUCGUGCUCUCCACCGGCGGGUUCACGGGCAACCUGUUCCACGACUACACGGACGUGCUCAUCCCGGCGUUCAUCACCGCGCACAGAUACGCGGGCGAGGUGCAGUUCCUGGUGAGCAGCUUCAAGUCGUGGUGGACCACCAAGUACCUUGAGAUCAUCCAGCUGCUGAGCAAGCACGAGGUUGUCGACAUCGACGACGACCAUGAGGUCCGGUGCUACCCGAGCGUGGUAGUCGGGCCGACGUUCCACAAGGAGCUCGGCAUGGACGCGUCCAAGACGCCGGCGGGUUCCUCCAUGGUGGAUUUUCGAGCUAUGCUGCGCAGCGCGUUUGGGCUGGAGCGCGCGACGGCCACGCCCAGCGGCGACCGGUGGGACAUUCGGCGCCGGCCCCGGCUGCUGAUCAUCUCGCGCCGGAGCUCGCGCCGGUUCGUGAACGAGCACGCCAUGGUGGACAUGGCCAUGAGCCUGGGGUUCGACGUGCGCGUGGGGGACCCGGACAUGAGCACCGACGUGUCCAAGUUUGCGCGGCUGGUGAACUCGGCGGACGUGAUGGUGGGCGUGCACGGAGCGGGGCUCACCAACAUGGUCUUCCUCCCCGCGGGCGCCGUGCUCAUCCAGGUGGUGCCCUACGGCGGGCUGGAGUGGCUUGCCCGCGGCACGUUCAAGGAGCCGUCGCCGGACAUGCAGAUCCACUACUUGGAGUACAUGAUCCAGGUGGACGAGACGACCCUGAGCGAGGACUACCCCAAGGAUGACCCGGUGCUCAAGGAUCCCUACUCAAUCCACAAGCAGGGAUGGGACGCUCUCAAGUCGGUUUACCUGGACAAGCAGAACGUCAAGCCUCACUUGGGCAGGCUCAAGAACACAUUCAUGGAGGCGCUCAAGCUGCUGCCCCAUGGACGACAGAGUGACUAAGUUUUGCGCUCAAGAACAAAUGGUAGAUUCACUACUACAGAACUGUAAUGUUGUCCCAGUUGGGAAACCCCUUUUGUCCCGGUUUCCCAACCAAGACAAAAGGGGUAUCAUUGUUGAGUGUACAAGGACAAGCAGAAUGCGAGAUGCAGACAGAAAAUAGUUUUUCAAACA